AAGAAACCUGGAGAUUUCGAGCAGAUAGGCACUUAAAAUCUCGAGAAACUCAGAUAGAGAUCCUUGGUUUUUGAAGACCCUAGUUUCUACCAUGUUGUUAACAUUGAGAGCUUCUUUUGUGCUGCCUAUAACGACCUUAAAGCCUCGUUUUUUAUACAACAUUCCGCACCAUUAUCACCAUAUCGAUUUCUGCAAGUCCUCCCCAUUAUUAAAGAGUAGAAGAACAUAUGCUCAAAAUGACGACUCUUCUUCUUCUUCUACUGGUGGUGGUGGAAACAGACCGGUUAGUAGUAGCGAUGAUGAUUCGACCAAGAAAGACCAAUUUGGUGGUUUCAGUUUCAAGUGGAGGGAGCUGUUGAAUCCGGAUCAGGACAACUUUGUUGCUGUUGCGUUAGCUGGGGUAUUGACUUGGGCUAGCCUUCAAGUCUUGUCUCAGCUUUUCUUCAUCUCUUUCGCUAUCCUUGUCGCUGCUCUCAAGUAUUCUUUUAUUGCUGCUCUACUCAUUUUCAUUCUCGUCACUCUCCUCUAGCUUACUGUUUUCUUUGUACCAGUACAGAGACAUGAAUGUGUACACUUGAGUCACAGGUUUGAAUUCUAACUGUGGUUUCAUACAUUUAACGUUUGUACUCGCUUCUAUGAAGAAUGUCUCAAAAGAAACAGUUCCAAAAAUCUCAAAGUUAACACCUUUAUAUGAUCCAAACUCGAAGAAACACAUUAACGAGAAUCAAAAUCAAUCAAAGUUAUUUCAUUUAGACUUUUAUUAUUAAGCUUAUUACGAUCAAGAACAAUAAUAAUAGAACCAUAGUAUCUUUUAUAUCAUCAAAACCUUAGACCCCCCUAAAGAAGAUAAGAUUGAAAAAA